AUGGCCAUGGCGUCUUCUCCGCUGAACAUCCUUAUGCUCCACGGCAAGACCCAGUCCGGCCAGCUCUUCUACGCCAAAACCCGUGCCUUGGAAAAGCACCUGAUCAAGGUCUGCGCUCCCUCCCGACUGGCAUUCCAUUAUCCUACAGCGCCUCACCGGCUUUACCUCCGUGACAUCCCGGAUGUCGACCCAGCCUUGCUCCAGUCAGAUGAGGAAAGCGAUGGCAUGUACACAUGGUGGAGGAAGGACGAAACCACUGGUGAAUACAAGGGCAUCAAAGAAACAUGGAAGUUCAUUAGUGAAUAUCUGGACAAGAAUGGACCAUUCAUAGGAGCAAUCGGAUUUUCACAAGGCGCCGGCCUCGCUGCCAUUCUCGCAUCGAUACUUGAACCUUCUCGUCCGAAACCGCAGUCCAUAAUAUCCGAUGGCUUCUCAACUACUCAUCCGCCCCUUAAGUUUGCAGUAGCUUAUUGUGGUUUCAAAGCUCCCAACGAUGAAUAUAAGUGGAUAUAUGAACCGAAGAUCCAGACACCUGUACUCAACGUAUUAGGUAGUUUGGAUACUGUCGUCGAUGAGAAGUUGAUGAAGGGACUUGUUGAUGUUUGUGAAGGUGGAAGGGUUUUAUGGCAUCCUGGUGGUCAUUACGUCGUAGUGAAGAAACAAUGGCUAGAUGCCGUCGGUGUCUUUAUCCGAGACAGCAUAAACGAAUCCGAAACGUCGAGUAAAUCCACCGCUGCAAAGGAAGAAGAGUCCGUGGAAGAUAUGGAAAUGCCGUUUUAG